AAAUUUCAGGAACCGGAAUGUUCCCUGGGUUAAUUCGACGAAUAUAUCAUCUUCGAUUCCUAAGAAUUAACACGAGGUACCAGAAUUUAGUGACAGGAGAAACGAGAAUAGUACCAGUCCCCAAGACAGUACUGCCCGAUGAUUAUACUGUCGCAAGUGCUGAUGAUACCGAUGUACCUCGACAUCGUAAGAAAGUAAUAAGUCGUGCAUUGGAGGUUUAUCUCAAUGAUACUGGAAAGCGAAAUAAAAUUAUGGCCCGAGAAAAAGCAGAAUUCGAGCUUGGGAAACGAUAUUUGGCCAAUAUGAUGGGACUGGAACCGAGUAGCAUCACCCAGGAUGAUAUUGAAAAGGCAGUGGAGUAUCUCUUUCCAUCUGGUCUAACAAACAAGUUGGCAUUACCGGUAAUGAAGCCGCCCGAAGAAAUUUUACCAGUGUUGCGUCAGAUUGCAUUUGAUGAUGAAGGCCGCCCAAAGGAUUUACUAUUUUUUACACUUGCGCCCAAGUUUUACCGACUUCUCUCGACUGUUGGUGCAAAGACGGAAGCAUUAUUGUGUCAUCAACAGAAACAGGAAGUGGCCACAGAGGAUGAUCGGAAAACACAUAAAAUGGAAUUAUUGGGUACGGAAUGGAUUAGUCAACAAAUGCUUUGUAAUAAAAUGGAAGAGAGAAUUACGGAUGAAAUGUAUGCACAUCUUAUCAUUUCGCUAGAUUACAUGAUUUCCCUUCCUGGUGCUCAUAAGGAGCAGGACUUCAUUCUCGAAUACAGAAAAUCUGUGGCUGUUGGAGCUAAGGACGUUAUUUUUGGUACAAAAAUACCACCCGUUCAGUUAGUGGAAGGUACCAAUCGACGAAUGGCGAAAGUGGAAGUUCGCUUGAAAGCAUCGUUUGCUGAAGUCGAAGUACAAGACAAAGGAAAUGGCGAAUAUACGGUAGACGGAUAUGGCCUCGAUGUAUUUCGAUCUUUACAAGCUAGGGAAAUAUUCUUGGCACCACUGAUAGUGACAGAUUUGCUGGGAAAACUGGAUAUCAGAGGUAAAAUUACAGAUGGUCCCGGCGGUGCUUCUGUCAUACCUAGAAUCAUACGACAUGGUGCUUCAUUAUGUAUUGCUGCGCUAUUUCCUGAACAUUUCGACAAGCUCCGUAUUGCUGGUCUACUGACAUCUGAUCCAAGAAAGCGUGAACGAUACAAGAUCAACCAAAAGGGUGCUCGAGCCAAAUGGAUUUGGAAAAAGCGGUAAUCAAAUGGACGUGUUUUCGAAUAUAUAACUGCAAGUGAAGAUAAUUGGAACAACCUUCUGGCAUUAUUUGAUGAAGCUUUCGAAAGUUUUCAUUUUAAUGAUUAAAGAAAACUUUAGUUAAGGGAGUAAGAGAGGUUAUGAGAGGGGUUGCAGAUUGAGCUUCUGAUUAGGUGGGUUAGAUGGGAAAGAGAUGACCUAGGGGUUUACAAGGUAGAGAUGGGGAAAAUAAAAGCUUGGAAGUCUGUAAUGUUGAUAGUAUAUGGUUGGAAUAUUCUCAAAAAUUCUCUUCUCUGGCCGACUAAAGAAACAAAAGAAGGCUAGCAGCUACCCUUCCCUUUUUCCGUGGGCGUGUGUGUGUAUGUUUAUAGUGGGUGAUGGCCUGUGGAGGGUGCCCCGUGGUGACACCUCGUGCAAGGCACCAACACAACGCUCAAGGAGCAGUCUAAACUGAUUUUUCGUCUCUCUCUCCUCCAAGGUAUCACUGUAACUGUUGCUGUAGCUGUACAUCUUCUUGAGCGAAUACAGCUGCAGUUAGGUUGAACGACGACGGAUCGAGCCGAUCAGCGCACGUCUCCCAUUUGAAAUUAAGUGCAUAUCCUUUCUUCUAAUCAUCGCCACCUCUUCCAUCCAGUCCUCUUGUAAUAACUGGAAACGAGCGGUACCUCCUGGUACCAAUUCAUCAUGUGUUGCUAUGUAUCUGUCUUCCUGUCAUUAUGUAUGUGCCUGUGAAUUUCUUCGUUGUGACGUUGAAAUGUGGAUGCAUCCACGAGCAAAUUCCUUAAUGUUGCGAUCAGUGUUUUCAGAAGCACUGGAAAAAUUUUUUUAUUUUUGUGCUUUUUUUUUGCGGCAUAUUAUUAGGCUGACUGGUCUUUCGGAAAAUUGGGGGUAGGGAGAUUGACAAGGAAGUAGGUUAAGCAUGGCGCCUUACACCCUCUGUUGGUUGCAUUUGUUUCUUGACUUCUCAUUUAAUCCAGUCCUUCUCGAUUUCUUUGUGCUAUUGGAUUCCUGAUCUAUAAUUUCACAUCUAAGUGUACUAGGUACAUUUCUCGAUUAGGCUUAUCUUUGAAAUUAAGGAUACAAUUACCCAUCCCUCGCUCUCGCUUAUCAUCGCAAUUCUAGAGGGCUCACCAACAAACACUGCUGCGGUAUCUUACCCUCUCGCAUUUUCUAUAUAUAUGUUGUUUGAUGUGAUUAUUCACCUGCUUUUCUUCUGCUAUAAUAAAAUGACCAG